GUCGUGCUCUUGCUUCGUACAUGACAAGAUGUGGCACUCUCGCCUCUCGUGUGUUGCAGCGAUUCUGCUCACUGUCAUCAAAGCGACUUUGGCUCAGCGCUGCACGGUGGGAGGCACGCAGUCCAACCCCGGGCGCUGCACGCCGCUGCGCAACUGCCCGCAACUCGCAGACAAGUUCCAGCCCCUGGACAUAGCGAACUUCAUUGCCACGCAUGCGUGUGGCGUGGAACAGUCUGGCACCAACGAUGUGCUUGUCUGUUGCCCUCUCGUCAUCGCGGCCAGCGGCAGCAUCUCCUCAGGCCCCAGACCUGAGCCUGUCACGUGCGGGUCUCGGAAAGCGGCAGAAGAUGGCGCGGACUGGCCGUUCAUGGUGGGGCUGGGGGCGGUGGCCCCCGGGCAGGGCCUCACCAUCGUCUACUGCAACGGGGCCCUCGUGGCCCCCCUCUGGGUGCUGACGGACGCCUCGUGCCUGCAGCAGAACCUCAUCUCGACGGCAUUUUUGGGACUCGGGCGCGCUGACAGGAGCAAGAUCGUGAGCGUUCCCGUGGUCUUCACGCGCCGCCCCACGGACUUCGACAGCGCCAGAGACUUGAACGCCCUGGCGCUCGUCAAGCUCGGACAGCCAGUCAGCGCCACAGACGACAUCCAGUUUGUCUGCCUCCCGACCUCGCGAGGCUACGACCCUUCCAGCCCUCGCUAUGCCCUCUACGUCACCCACAUUGAUGAUGGCAGUGUGGCAGGAGGGUUCGAUGUAGCGGAGCGCAGCCUGCACAGCGUGUCGCUGACCCAGUGCCGCGCCUCGGCCGGCAUCUCGGUCUACCCCAGCGACUACCACCUCUGCACCAACGGGCUGCAGGCGUGCGUGAGUGGGAAUGUUCGCAUGUCCCGACCUCUGCUGGUCGGUCUUGGCGAGGGCGGAGGCUUCGUGCUGCUGGGCGUUGGUGGGGUCACAAACGACCGCUGUACUUCUGACGUCACGGCCUUCACGGAAAUCAGCAAAUUCGAUCAUUGGCUGAAAGCAAUUAUGGAGUGA